AUGCCGCCUCCUCCAUCCUCCUCUGACCCUCACAUCAGCACGCUGCUCCAGACGAUUGCGUCGGAGCGGCGCAACCUCGAGGGCGCGAAAGCGGUGAUGCGCGCCGUCGAGGCCAGUUCGCGCAACGAGGCUGUCAUCCAGCAGGCCCAGAACGAGGUGCGCGCCGCGCAGGCCACGAUCAAGUUUCUCGAGGACGAGCUGGCCAAGCUCCAGAUGGGCGGCAGCCCCGGCCCGGCACCAGGCGGUGCGCCUGGUCGUGGACCGAGCAGCGCGUCGUCGACGGCGCCUUCCACGGCAACCCCGUCGAGCCACAACGGCGGCGGGUACGUUGCCAACGCGCCGGCGCGUGGAGGCCCGUUGCCGCCCACUGCUGCGGCAACACCCAACACUGCGCCGCUCAACAUUGUCAAGACGGACCGGGACCGCCCACUGCCCCCGCCGCCUACGAGUGACGGGGCGGCUGCGGACCGUCCAAAGGACGCCAAAAACUACACCCAGCUCGACCUGUUGCGCUACGACGCUCCGCUGACAGGCGCCAAGAUUACGCGCAUGCUCAACCAGCUCCAGUUCAAGCUCCAGGUCGAGGAGCAGUACAAGCUCGGUAUUGAGAAGAUGGCGCAGGCGUACCGCGCCGAGGGCGACCGGCGGUCACGCGCCGAGACCGAGGCCAAAAAAGUCGAGUCGGACGGCAAGAUCCAGCUCUUGCGUAAAGCCAAGAGGCGAUACGAGUCGUUGGCCAAGUUUGGUGUCGAAGACGACGACGACCUGAUCCCCGACGCCAAGCGCAAAGACGCCCUGCGCAAGCCCAUCUCGGGCAAGCUCAUCAUUUCGCUGCGCUCGGCCACGGACCUCAACCACCGUCCACUCCCGCGCAAGGCCAAGAUGUACAAUGAGACGACGGCCGUGAUUAAGAUUGAAGGCAACGAGCGCGCCGUCAGCCACCCGUCGCGCAACGACCGCUGGCUCGAGGAGUUUGACAUUCCAGUGGAGCGCGCCAACGAGGUGGAGAUUACCAUCUACGACACGAUUGCGCCAGGCGACUCGGCGCCCAUUGGCAUGUUCUGGUUCCGUGUGUCGGACCUGCUCGAAGCGCUGCGUCGUCAAAAGGUGCAGGGCGCCGAGGCCGGUCCCGGAUGGGUCACGGCCGACAAGGCUGCGUCGCUGGGCGGCCGCCAGGGCAGUGCACCAGAGUCGGCCACGCUGCACCAGGGCAUCCCCGGCGCGCACGGCGGUGCCCCGGCAACGGGCAAGACGGAGGGCAUCGAGGGCUGGUUCUCGGUCGAGCCUGCGGGCGCCAUCCAGCUCCAGCUCAACUUUGUAAAGGACACGGUCCCCGGUGGUCGUCGCCCAUACGAGGCGCUCGGCCGUCAAGGAGCAGUGCGCAAGCGCAAGGGCGACGUCCACGAGAUGAACGGCCACAAGUUUGUCGGACGCCAGUUCUACCAGCCGAUCAUGUGUGCGCUGUGCUCGGAAUUCCUCCUCACGGGCGAAGGAUACCAGUGCGAGGACUGUCGGUACGCCUGCCACAAGAAGUGUUACGGCAAGGUCGUCACGAAAUGUAUCUCCAAGACCAACGCCGAGGGCGACGCAGACGAGGACAAGAUCAACCACCGUAUCCCCCACCGCUUCCACGCCUACACCAACAUGUCCGCCAACUGGUGCUGCCACUGCGGUUAUAUGCUGCCCUUUGGCCGCAAAAACUCGGUCAAGUGCCAAGAGUGUGCUCUUACGUGCCACCAGUCGUGUUCCCACUUGGUCCCCGAUUUCUGUGGCAUGACCAUGGAAAUGGCAAACACGCUGAUCCGCAACAUGCGCGAUAUCAAGAGCGUCCAGGGGCAACAAGCGUCCCGCGUUGGCAGGACACCAGUCGCAGCCGUCGGUUCACGUCAUUCCUCCCGCGUCCGCUUCACCCCGCCCGAGUCUCGCGUGUCGCCCACUCCACCUCAACUCGCCCACUCGUCGUCGUACAAUGAGUACACCCAGCAGCAGCAGCAGCAGCAGCAGCCAGCGUCGGGCCACCAGCAGCGCCCAUCCGGUGGCCGCAUCCCCCCGCCUACCGACCCACGUGCCAGCUUUGAGACGCGUCCCAACCUUGACGUUAACAAGGUCGGAGCACAGUCGACCGGCCCGCUCGCCCAGCCUGCCCAGCAGCUUGCUCGUGUCCCCUCCCCUCAGGCGCCCCAGCCGCAGAGUGGCUACAAGCCGCCAGCCGGCGUGCCCGUCCCCAUGCCCAACGCCAUGCCUACUGGCCGCAUGCAGCAACAGCAGCAGCAACAGCAACAGCAGCAGCAGGCUUCUGCGCCGCACAGGCCGGCACCUCCCCAGAUGCAGGCUCCGCACCAGCAGCAGCAGGCUGCCGCCGUUGUCCCUGUCCCGUCGCCCCAGCAGCAGCAGCAGCAGGUCAUGCGCAAGCAGCGCAAGAUUGGUCUGGACGACUUCAACUUCCUCGCCGUGCUUGGAAAGGGUAAUUUCGGAAAGGUCAUGCUUGCCGAGGAGCGCCGGUCCAACAACUUGUACGCCAUCAAGGUGCUCAAAAAGGAGUUUAUCAUUGAAAACGACGAAGUCGAGUCGACCCAGUCGGAGAAGCGCGUCUUCCUCGCUGCCGCGCAGGAGCGCCACCCCUUCCUGCUGGGUCUGCACUCGUGUUUCCAGACCGAGACGCGUGUCUAUUUCGUCAUGGAGUACGUGUCGGGCGGUGACCUCAUGCUUCACAUCCAGCGCCGACAAUUCACCCUGCGCCAGGCCAAGUACUAUGCGUGCGAGGUCCUGCUUGCGCUCCAGUACUUCCACUCCAAGGGCAUCAUCUACCGUGACCUCAAGCUCGACAACAUCCUCCUCACCCUCGACGGCCACGUCAAGGUUGCCGACUAUGGUCUGUGUAAGGAGGACAUGUGGUUUGGCAAGACGACCACGACGUUCUGUGGUACCCCCGAGUUUAUGGCGCCCGAGAUCCUCCAGGAGCAGCCGUACGGCCGUGCCGUCGACUGGUGGGCGUUUGGUGUCUUGACGUAUGAGAUGCUUCUCGGCCAGUCGCCCUUCCGCGGUGACGACGAGGACGAAAUCUUCGACGCCAUUAUCGAGGACGAGCCCCUCUACCCGAUCACCAUGCCGCGCGACGCCGUCUCGCUCCUGCAAAAGCUGCUCACGCGCGACCCCAACCGCCGUCUCGGUGCCGGCAACGAUGACGCAGAGGAGAUUAAGCGCCACCAGUUCUUCUCCGACGUCAACUUUGACGACGUCUACCACAAGCGUAUCCCGCCGCCAUACUUCCCCACCAUUGGCAACGCGACCGACACGUCCAACUUUGACCAAGAGUUCACCCGCGAGCAGCCGACCCUCACGCCAGUGCACACCCAGCUCACGGCGCAGGACCAGCAGGAGUUUGCAGGCUUCUCCUGGAUCGCCCCGUGGGCGGCAAACUAG